AUGGAGCGAGACAAUUCCAAGCAAUGGAAGGUUCUUCAAGAGUGGCGGCGAAAGGGAGGAUCGGUCCAAAAUGACUCUGAGCUAUACGGCCUCGGAAAGAGGUUCCUCUCGAUCUGGCACGAUACGAGCAUCAUGACCGACGAGGAAAUGCGCUCUUUCGGAAAGUAUCUCUACGAGAAAGCGAAGCCGGAGGUCCAAGAAAAGUGGGGAAAAGUAAUCGACAACUAUUCUACCCACUGGGGCGCCAACGACAAACUCACCAAGUUAACUGUCAAGCAGGGCAAAAAGGUCCGCGACUACGAGAAGAUGGAGGACGACAAAAUCUCCAGAAUGAUAGUCUGCUGGGAAAUGGCCUUCCAGUGGCUGGGACCGUUGGCCGACUAUCGCUCGCUGAUCAAGCUCUGGCUCGCCUUCGGCGAGGAAAUGGUCAACAACCGUUUAGCGAAAAACACCAAGCGAGACUGGAUUAAAGAAAUGCUAGAGCUCUGGCCGCACUUCUGCUGGAACUUGCGCGAGCAGAUCCACAAGCAGAAGUUCAUGGCGCUCUCCGUCAAGCCGGGCUUCUUGACUGUCUUGCGCAUGCAUCGCGUCAAGGUCCUCUAUGCGAGCGGACGCGCGCGCUACUACAACCUCCAUCCGUGGGUGGCCGAGGACUACACUCAAACCUUCGGCGCUGCGCUCGACACCCUCCUCGCCGAGACCAGCUUGGGCGAAGAAGAUGAACAACAGGACCGCGUCGAUUUCGCCGUGCUGAUGGUGAUGUCGCUCUGCGGCGCAGAAGGCGAGAAGCUGCUCCUCGAGGGCGGCGCUUUCGAGAAGUUCGAUGUCCAUCCUCUCGAUGUAAAGAACUGUACCAAGGAGACGUUCGUUCUCAUGGCGCCUUCGCUGGCCAAGCAUUCGAUUAAAAUUCUCUCACUGAUCAGCACUGGCUUCGCCAACGACUCGCUGUUCCCUGGUGGCAUCGAACGAAUUAUGCUCAUCCUGCUUUCGAUGCUUGGAGGCUGUGGUUUGAAAGCGCUCUCUUCGAUCGGCCGAAUAACCGACUACCUGACCGAGCAGUGUUCCAAGAACAACAACUGGCUCAUCAAACUCGUCUGCGAUCACCUCCAUGCCGAUGUGUUGCGAAAACGAUUCGUGGCUGAUGAUACCAAAGAAGGCCUCAACUCGAUCGCCGGUCGACUCCUCAAAAUCAUGCUGAUGACGAUGAAGGCCGACGAUGCCAAGGUGUUCGUCGAGUUAAUGCUCAGUGGUAGCGACAGUCAUUUGGCUGCUCUUGAAGAGGUCACCUCCAUCCUCGAAGAUUCCUGCGCCCGGCCAAGCAGCAAAUCAAGUAAACUCAAAACCGGUGAAAAAGAGUUUACUAUUGUUACUGCUUGGGUCGGAGGAGCUGAAAAGUUCAAAGAGCGACUCACUGCUGGUGGCGACGUCUCUUCAGAGAGAAAUAGUUGCGACUUGAGGAUCCUGAAAAACUUCUUGUGCCUGCCCUUCCGGGUCAAGAAGAUGGAUCAGAUUGAAACUGGUGCGUUUAAAGCCGACUUCACCAAGCUUCUUCCAGCCAUGUCUCGCGCUUGGAAGGAACUCUAUCUGGCCGUUCGCUCCGGCGCUGCACUCGUCCGAGGGUUCAACUCAGACGACUUCAAUGUUGAGAUCGGCACGGUUAUUGGCGAAGAGGGAGUGAAGAACUAUCAGCUAGCGACCCCUCUUUCUUUCAUUUUGAGCAUGUUGGCGGCGUCAGAGUCUAAGAAGAUCUUCGACAACGAAUCCGGUGACGGAGGCAGCGAAUUUACUAAAUUCUCCCAGCUCGUCAUAAAUAUCCUUGACGAAGCAACCGGUCGUCCCCUCGAGAACUUCUCAUGCCGCGGUACUGUCAGCGCUCUGAAGAUCAUGCAAAAGCUGAUCGACAACCAUGGCGAAAAGGCAGUCAUGGUCCUUGGCAACAUCAUCACCGAGUUCGCCAAGGUUGCUCUAGCGAACAAAAAGAGUCUCAUGUGGACUAACGCCACCGAUUGCAUCAUGGAUGUCUUGGAAUCCAUUUCCACCGCCAACCGGACACCAGCAAAAACUUUUCCUGGCCUCGAGCCGCUUUUCUCUUUGCUCCUUUCCAAAAAGUGCUGGCAGGCAAGCUUCCUCGAGGAUCAUAAUCAACUGGAUAUGUCCGAAAACUUCUGGCAGUUGAUUAAGAUCCACUACAAGACUGGAGACUGGGAUCCUCCAUCAAAGUUUCAACUGAAGUUGGCCACUACUUCAGCGACUGUUAAUCAAUCAGCGUCUGUAGCUGCUGCAGUAGGUGAGAGUGAAAAAGGGCCGUCUACGCCAGUUCGUGGAGCUCAAGCGCGAAAGGUUGGAACUCCUCAACGCAAGAAUGGCACUCCCCAGCGUCGAAACGGGACGCCUCAGCGUAAUGGAGGCACGCCGCAGCGAUACAACCGCCAACUCGCUGCGCUUCAAGGAGCGACCCAAUCUUCUCCAAAACGCCACCAAAUCGCCGCCGUGGCGCAGCUGGAAUUAUGUCUUCGACCAUUCGCGACAACGGUGCCACCGCCGAUUUCACCAUUAUUGAUUCUCCGAUCAGUUUCAAUAAGAAAAAUCUAA